GGUUAUCUUCUUGUCGGAUUAAUCAAAGUACUUGAAAAAUUCGACAGGCUCUUCUAAAAAAUAAAAAUUAUAAAAAAUAAAAAAAAAAACAUAUAUAAAUAAACAAAAAACAAAUCGGAUUGGGGCAUAACACUGUUAAGAUAUAUCGCACAUGUACGAAGCAAAUGUUGAUGAGCUUAUACGAUUACUCGAGACUGGAGGUCGGCAAACCAAUGGCAUUAUCCCCAUGGAAAAAAGGGACAUUCAGGCGAUUUGCCGUAAUGCUCGUCAAGUGUUUCUGGAUGAGAACAUGUGCCUAGCGGUCAGUGCUCCCGUUUGCGUGGUCGGAGAUGUGCACGGACAGUUUGAGGAUCUGUUGCGCAUCUUCAAAAUUAAGGGAUUCCCGCCAGAGCAACGUUAUCUAUUUCUGGGCGAUUACGUGGAUCGUGGCAAGCACUCGCUUGAGACUCUUACUCUGUUGUUCUGCUACAAGAUUAGGUAUCCCGACUGUGUGUUUCUGUUGCGUGGCAAUCACGAGAGUCCGUGUCUUAACCAGAUCUACGGCUUCUACGAUGAAUGCAAGCGCCGCUACUCGUCCAAGCUCUGGAAGACCUUCGUGGACUGUUACAGUUGCAUGCCUGUGGCGGCCGUUGUCUCCAAUCGGGUAUUUUGCUGUCACGGCGGAUUGAGUCCGAGCCUGACCAGCAUCGAAGACAUAAACAAUCUGCCUCGACCCACUGAUAUACCAAUUUCCGGGCUGCUUUGUGAUCUGCUGUGGUCUGAUCCCGAUCGCAGCUUUGGCUGGAAUAAGAGUACUCGUGGCGUCUCCUGGGUAUUUGGUAGCGAUAUCGUUGAGCGUUUUCUAAUUCGUCAUGACUUUGACUUGAUCUGUCGUGGCCAUCAGGUCGUUGAGGAUGGCUAUGAGUUAUUUGCCAAACGGCAGCUGAUCACCAUCUUCUCGGCUCCAAACUAUUGUGGGGUCUUUGACAAUGCCGGGGCCACAAUGUACAUUGAUGACAAUCUGAUGAUUACGUUUGACAUCUACAAAUCCAGGGCUAUUACCAAUACUAAUACUGCUAACACGAGUGUUAAACGCGUUACUGAGACUCUUCAGCAGACUGUUUUUGGUAAAAGCAUUUAGACUUUAAUUAUAAUUACUGCAAAUAUGGAUACAGAUAUAUUUAAAUAAUUGUUAAAAACAGAUGUAGGGUAAAAAUUUCUGAUUGUCUACUGAUAUGUCAAUAUUACAAUGUGUCUCAGUAAAGCAUUCGUUGUCUUAAUGUGAUUAAAGUGAAUAAAUUGUAUGAAUUCCAGCUGUGUAAA